AGGAUGAGGGCUCAUGAUGCUUUAACUACAGAAAGUGAAACUGCUUGACAGAAGUCGACAUUUCAAAGAACAAAGAGACCCCUCUCCACCAAACACCCGUUGAGCUUUUUAAACUUCUGACCUGACCCCAAUAAUGCCCCGAAACAACAAUGAUGAAGAUGAUGACAUAUACACCAGACGGCUACGAGGAGGACGACACCCAAUAGAUUUCAAAGUUUCGAGUGACAUCAAUGAGAAAUUACUCAAGAAAGAAACAUGGAAAAGCAAAAAAGAGAUUACAAGAAAGCCAAAUGUGAGACUUGCUUCAGCUGAAGUUGAUGUCGUGGAUGUUAUAAACGUCAUCGACACAUUUGACCGACCAGGAUAUGCCGAUGCAGAAUCCAAAUAUGCUCGAUGCUCGAAUUAUGCAGUAGCUUUUACAGACAAACCAGGGCAGAGAAUUCCCAAAGCUGGAGCUCACGCAGAAGCAGGAGUGGGUCGAGCUCGUGCUGAAUUCAGUGUGUUUGAGGCAGAAGCCAAAGGUCCAAACGCCUCGGCCGGUGCUGAAGUCAGUGUGGUUGGAGUCGGAGCGAUGGCUCGAGCUGAAGUUGCGAGCGCAUGUGCCAAAGCCGGUCCGGUUGGUGUGAAGCUGGGGCUCGGAGUGGAUACAGGAGCAUCUAUUGGUCUGGGUGGAGUGGAGCUCAAAUUCCUGGGAACUGGAGUCUCAAUCGGUCCAAAAACCAGCGUUUCUCUAAUGGGUUCAGAAGUGUCAUGUUCAGUCAUGUAGGCUAAUCAUACAGAUAUUAAUCAUUUUUAUAUGUUCACAUGCAACAAUUCGCUACAGAGCUAUGGAAACAAAAGCAGACACCUGAAAAUAUGUGUAUUAUACAUACAUAUAUUUUUUAAAUAAUGCAUUUUAAAGUUAAAACAU